UGAGUUAAAAGUCCUUUGACUACAACUCCCAGACUACAGCGCGACUGUGUGGUGUUACGUAAAAUCGAGUAUUUCCUGUUGAUGUCAGUGUCACAGCCCGACAAAGGUUCCUAUCUUAUAUCAUCCUGUUGUGGUUUGUCAUGUUAUUCAACCAACACAUUGUAGCCGCUGACGCUUUGUUGAGCCAGAAACUACAAUAACGUUAAACUGUAGUUACCGCUGUAACGCACAGAGAAGAUGAGACUGCCCUGGUGGACCCUCACAUUACACACAGGACCUGUGAGGAGGGCAUCUUCAGUCCCUGAGGGUAUGCUGAACUUCGUCCCCGCCUGCAGCACCGCUGAUGUCCAGUCACUGGACCUGCUGCAGGACUUUGUGUCCCGAUCCAGAUGCCUGUUUGUUAUCACCGGGGCAGGUCUCUCCACAGAGUCAGGCAUCCCUGAUUAUCGCUCGGAGGGUGUUGGACUGUACGCCCGCACCGACAGACGACCCAUGCAGCAUGCAGAAUUCGUCCGCAGUGCAAAGUCCCGUCAGCGAUACUGGGCCAGAAAUUUUCUCGGGUGGCCGCAGUUCUCCUCACAUCAGCCAAAUUCUGCACACAAGGUCCUGCAGCAGUGGGAGGAGAGGGGGAAGCUGCACUGGCUGGUCACACAAAACGUGGAUGCUCUUCACUCAAAGGCAGGACAGAAGAGACUGACUGAGCUCCACGGCUGCACCCACAGGGUGAUGUGCCUGGGCUGUGGUGCCAUCUCAGCGAGGGAGGAGCUGCAGAGACGAUUCAUAUCGCUAAACCCAGACUGGAGAGCUCAGGCAGGCGCCGUGGCUCCAGACGGUGAUGUCUUCUUGGAGGACGAGCAGGUCCUCCAUUUCAGAGUUCCCUCCUGUGAUGACUGUGGAGGAAUAUUGAAGCCUGAGGUCACGUUUUUUGGAGACACUGUGAAGAAAGGGACAGUACAUUUCGUGCACGAGAGACUGACGGAGUCUGACGCGGUGCUAGUCGUGGGCUCCUCACUACAGGUAUAUUCAGGAUACAGGUUCUUACUGGCAGCAAGCGACAGGAAAAUGCCCAUCGCCAUCCUGAACAUCGGGCCCACAAGAGCCGACCACCUGGCUGAGCUGAAAGUGAGCGGCCGCUGCGGUGAAGUGCUGUCGGUCAUUCACCCCCUCUGACUGUCAUGGACAUCCUGUUUGAAUAUUCUGUUGAUCACUAACAUGUGAAAACUACCUCAGAUUUAACAAGGUAACAAUAUCACCUUCAGGAUGAUAUUCUCAUUUGUUUGGUACAUCUCUACCAGGAGUUCUCGCUGCUAUUAUCAAAACUGGGCAAAAACAGACAAGUCUGCUCUCACACAAUGUUGUCAGAGCAACUGAAUGUUAAGAAGACAAAUGUUCUUAGUUGAAAAAUGUGUGCCCGUCUUGGAAAAUCAACACAACAGAUUGGUGUUUAAGUACCAGUAUCUUUGCUCUGUACACUCACAGUAUACUGAUGGUUUUAUUUAAAGAAACUGUGCUGGGAAAUCAGCCUAAACUCACCUGUUUUUAUUAGAUUAAACUACAAAAGUGCAAGUUGCUGUUGCAUAAAGGCAUAAAAUCAUGUAGCAGGUAAGAUGCAAUAGAUAUAUACAAAGUAUACUAGAAUCAAAUGGUUUCUAAAGGGUUACAUUUAUGGGUUAAUGGUUUUAUUUAUAUUCAUGAAAUGGAUUAUGUAUAUGGUGCUGAGACUGACAGACCUACAGUGUAACUACUAACAUAGCGAAGAGACCGUUUGUCAGUUUGUUCAACAAGUCAGAGGCUUGAGACUGUAAACUGUGUCUGUUCAGAAAACUGUCAAGCAGUAGAUCUCAUUUUAACUAAAAUGGAUGC